AUGGCCGAGCCAGAGGCCGAACCGAAGGCCGAACCAGAGGCCGAACCAGAGAUUCAAAUUAAGGAAGAACCGAGGGAAUUUCCGGAGGAGGUUACGACAGACGCGACCGACACCGAUGCAACGGAGGAUGCAACAACGAUCGAGACCGAGGACGCGAUCAAAUACAAAAGUACCGACUACGAGAGCAUGGAACCGGACGUGAUCAAGGAGGAAGAGAAGGAGAAAUCUUGGCUAGAGAGAUCCGUGGAAAAGGAUUGGUCCGACAAGGGAGAACCUCUUUGGCAAGUUAUAAAAUCAUACGCAGAAUCCAAGAGAAAAGACAAGCGGAGAAUAUUAUCCGGGGCCGCCAAGUUGCCAUGUCGCACGGAAGAUGCUGUCGAGGAGGUACUACCGCCCUACGAGUGCUUCCCGCCCGCUGGCUUUCAGCUACAACCUCGAGCUGAUCGAAGACCGAUCGGAUUGGAUCGAUGCAAAAGAACGCGAAUCUGGAGAAGCAUGAGAAUGAGACAGGCGACAAAGGUAUUUCGAAGGAGAGGAAAAACAUCGAGAACCGGAAGUGAGAAAUGGCCGGGUGUGUGGCCGUGCGUUCCGCGAGAUGAGCUAAAGACGCGAGAGAAGGAAGGGCGAAAGAGGCGAAGGGACAUUUUCCCUUGCGAUCCGCGACACGACGUCGACGAAGACGACUUCCUCCUGCGCGAGCAGAGGAGCGAUUUCGCGAAUCGCAAAGAACUGGGACACGCUCGCGCGCGGGUGCAAUGUCCGGAUCCUAAGCUGGAAUUAUUGGUGGAUCGCGCGGUCGGCGAACGUCCCGGUUUGGUGGACGGCGAUUACGUCAUCGUAGAAUUUGACGCGCCCGAGGGACAGGACAGACGUGUCUACGCCAACGUGGUUCUUCGGGGGUUAAAGGGCAUGCAUCUACCGGAACUGAGCCCAUUGAGAGAGCGCAGGAACACUUGGAAGUUUUGCUUCUAUCAAGCGAUCGUGGCGUUAUUGGCGAGAACUCAGCUCAGAUACAAAUACGCGUGGAGCGCCAAUAUCGAUUACAUCUACGACCACGCCUGGACACUUUACACUCACAUCGGCACGAUUAACGUAAGGAAGAAGCAGCGUUUGGACGACGUUGUCGUGUACAACUACAAGUAUGACGUCGAGAUAGAGCUGAUUCGGGAAACGAAGGAUAUAGCCGUAGUGCGAAACGUCGAUUUCAACUACCAAGAGAGCGAUUUAAAAAGACAGAUCACGUUACGCAGAAAGGAUCCCUUGGAGGUCAGGGUGGAACUCGGCUGUCAAAAGAUAACGAAUCUGGAACGCGUACCUGUGCACGAAGGAACACGCAGGAUCGAGGAGUGGUUCGAUAAGCUGGCGAUGCGAUAUCGCGACUGCAUCUUCCGCACGACCAGAUUCUCGUUGGCCUUCUGGCAAGAUGGCCUCUUCUGGUACCUCUACAAUCCUUAUCGAUGCGACGAGUUUGGCUGCUGGGACGAUGACGGUCGCGCCUGCAUCGUAAAAUUUUGCUCCAAGGACUCGCUACGGAGGCACCUGAUGAUACUCUUGUUGCGGGCCUACGCCUACGAGAUUCCAAAGUCGCGCGAUCCAAAUCGACCUGAGAUCGCGAACGAUGACGUUUUCGAUGUUCAAAUUUUCCACGUGACCUUUCACUGCUGUCAACUGCACAAUCUCAAGCUAAUGCAACGCGGCGCGCCUGAAUCGUCGAGACAACGCGCCGACGAACGAUCGGAUUCCCUUCUCGAAAUCGAAGAUGCGACCGAUCAAGGGGAAGACGACGAGGACGAUCCGGGGGAGCCAAGGGAGAGAGUCACGUGGUUGAAGUGCCGUCGAGUCACCUGGGGAAGGUGUGAGUCCACGAAACAAAAGAGUCGCGCCAAGAUCAGCGGUGACAGGGUAACGAGAUGGCAUCAGUACUACGUGGAGAAGCCCAGCAAGCUCUUCUCCCUGUGGGGCGAGAUACACAUAACCGAUCGCAUGUUCGACGAGGCGAACCGGGGCAUGCAGACGUACGCCUGUUACGUGGUGUGCGCUGGCAUGACUAGAAUCAUGGCGCCGGAAUAUUGGAGCUCAAAGAUCCUCGACGCGAUCGUCGUAUGCGGCGAUCGCUAUUAUACCCGGAGCAAGCACGAGGCCGAGCUGAAGUCCGUCAAGACCGAAUACGUUCACGUGAGCUGCUGGAGCAGGUAUCUAUGCGAUCGCUUCGAGAUUGGCGAGACCCUGUUUGAGGCCAGGAUGCUACCGGCCAUUUGCGGCAGACUGUACGCCAGGUCGCGCGAAUGUCUACGAGGGACGCUGGAACGAUUGUUCUACGAUCAUCAUUUUGGCAUCCUGACUUGCGAGAGCGCCUGUCUGGGCAUCUUCAAGUUUUGCGGCGCGUAUUACAUGUGCGACGUCAACUCACUUGGCCCGCCGCUCUUUUCGUACGGCCAUGGUGCCGCUUAUCUAAUGAGAGCCACAUCCCUUGGCGAAUUUGUGGCGGUGCUGGUGUUGACCAUCGCCUCGCCCGAACGUAGCCGAUUCACUCUAAAUCCUAUAGAGAUCCUUCGAAUUGCCGAGAUUGGCCCUGCUUGCGAUUCUCGCGCAAGGGUGGGUGAGAGAAGAAAGCGCCUUGGGAGAUUCGCCGGAAAGAUGCGUGCAUUCGACGAACGAAAGAAGGGAAGAGUAAAAAUGUAAAAGUGCGGAAAAGCUGAAAUGAUGAUGCAUACAAUAAGAGAUCUGACUG